GGACCGUCGGGAUCAGCAAACAGUCGGUGGUUCUACACGGCCGUUAUGAGCGUGUCCGGACCCAUGUCGUUGCGGAACGCUGGAAUCUUCCGAUCCCGCUUCAAGGCCUGGCUUCCCUAUACUGCUGUCUAAGUAUGCAUACCCAUAACCCUUGCUCGCUGGAGCUCUCUAGAGCUCUCUACCUCCAAACCCCUACAUCUAUGUAACAGCCUUACGGAUUAGCAUAACUCUACUUCCCCACCGAAAAGUGGUCUGCAACGGUUGGCCAGCACGAUUAUGUUGAAGAAUGGGUAUCACCGGGAUAGAGACAAGUUCAGAGUUUAGGUUGAGGGGAAACAUUUGUCCAUCUGAAUGCCACCUUCCACAACGUAGACUUCGACGAAUAUAAAAGCAUCCAACUCAGAUCUAACAAUGAGGUUUGUAGUUCACUACACCUACAGUAUCGAUUCAGUCACAUAACCAGUUACAUCAUCACCGACUCUAUUCCAGCCAUUGAAUAAUCAUGUAUAACGCCAAGGUCCUGCUCGCCCUAGCUGCGUUGCUCAACGCAUCUCUGGCGCGGACAACGUCCAGCCCCGAGUGCACAAGCUUGCUAGACGACAUCGUAGCGCGUGGUCCCACGGUUCCUCCCGCCAUCCUACCGUACGUCUUGGCUCAAGCCACGGGCCUUCCGGGCGACACCGGUAGCUUCCAGGACAUCCUGAGCCACCCCGACGUCUAUUUUUCGCAAAUCUGCGGGGCGGCGGGCCAAUUGCCUUCGUCAUUAUUGCCUGAGUUCGCGGCUUGGGGCUCGACGAUCCUCGCGUACGCUAGCACCGAGAUCGCGGAGUACGACGCCGCUGUCACGGAGUGUGUGACUACGGGCGCUGCGGCUGCUUCCAUCACUAGCUAUCUCCACUCCAUUGUGAGCCAGCCGGUUGGCCUCUGUCAGCCUACGGGCACGGUGUCCGUCACGGCCCAACCGACGGCGACGACUUCGGCUUCAGGGGAUGGAAAUUAGCGUUCCUAGCACUUUCGGUCCUAGUCGCUGCUGCUGUGGGGGCCAUUCUUUGAUGUCGUUACUCUGCUACGAAACGACAAGCAGCCGUCGAGAAGGUUCUAUAUGAGACACUCUGCCUAUGUACAUACUCUCUAAAGACUCAUGCCAUGCAAUGAUAAUGACUCACAUCUUUUAAUCUGGGCUUCGAGGCAUGGACGAAUAGAAUGUUAGGAUAUGCAGUGUAAAUGAAUUUUGCAAGGCAACAAGCAGGUAAGCUUUACUCGCGAUUCUCAAAUGGAAACGAACAAAGAAUUGUCAUCUCUUUCUAGCUAGCCUCUCUAGAAUGUUUCCUUGGUGUUUGUGUGAUUGUACAUGUGUACAAUGGCUGUUUGCUUUGCUGCACUGCACAGGGCCAUUCAA